CAACAAACCCAAACUCCAACACAACCCGGGCCCACAUGAUAUCUGUGGACACCUCUUUCUCAUAUUAUUGCACCCUCAAACGAUCCUUGUUCUAUUCUCAGUGUUCCAUCACCAUGCAUAUUUCAUGACAUCGACAUGCCAUGUUAUGCUAUGCUAUGCCUCAAUAGGUUCUUCUUGUCACUCGGUUCAUUUGGUUUCUCAAACAACACAGUGAGUUUCGCUUCCCAGAGAUGGCUGAGAAAGAGAGUAUGUAUUGGUUAGGUGAUUGGAGGAGAAUACCAAUUUGCACUUUCUUUAAGGAUGCCAGACUAGUUUUUAAAGCAGACAGUCUUGGUCGGGAAAUUUUGUCAAUUGCAUUACCUGCAGCAAUGGCUUUGACAGCUGAUCCUAUUGCUUCACUGGUUGACACAGCUUUUAUUGGUCAAAUAGGUCCAAUCGAGCUUGCUGCUGUAGGUGUUUCCAUAGCUCUCUUCAACCAAGUAUCACGGAUCGCAAUAUUCCCACUUGUCAGUGUUACAACCUCUUUUGUGGCUGAGGAAGAUUCCCUCAGUGAAGCAAGCCCUGAGAGAGAGGACAGUAGAUGCUUGGAAGCAGGUCCACCUAUGGAUGCUGAAUCCAAAGAGUUAUUACCACAGAAAGUUUCAGGUGGAAAUGUUCACAAUUCAGAUUUUGUUGGCGAAAGUUUUAAUAUGGUUAAGGAGGAACAUAAGAGAAGGCAUAUUCCUUCAGCUUCAUCAGCAUUAUUUAUUGGUGGCAUUCUUGGACUCAUCCAGGCAAUAUUUCUUAUAGUUGCAGCAAAACCUUUAUUGAACUUCAUGGGAGUGACUUCUGACUCUCCUAUGCUACAUCCUGCCCAGCAGUAUCUGACAUUGAGGUCCCUUGGUGCUCCUGCCGUUCUUCUUUCAUUAGCGAUGCAGGGAGUCUUCCGAGGAUUUAAAGACACUAAAACUCCCUUAUAUGCGACUGUGGCAGGAGAUGUAACCAACAUAGCACUAGAUCCUUUAUUCAUGUUUGUGUUCCGCAUGGGUGUCAGUGGUGCAGCCAUUGCUCACGUCAUAUCUCAGUACCUGAUUUCAGCUAUACUCCUGUGGAGGCUGUUGGAACAAGUUGACCUUAUACCUCCAAGCAUGAAGCAUAUGCAAUUUGACCGAUUUCUUAAAAAUGGUUUUCUAUUAUUAAUGAGAGUCAUUGCUGUAACAUUCUGUGUGACGCUGGCUGCAUCAUUGGCAGCAAGGCAAGGAUCAACAUCCAUGGCAGCAUUUCAAGUAUGUUUGCAGGUUUGGUUGGCAGUGUCUCUUCUUGCUGAUGGUCUAGCUGUUGCUGGGCAGGCGAUUCUUGCCGGAGCAUUUGCUAAUAAGGACUACGACAGGGCCACGGCAACUGCAUCCCGAGUUUUGCAGAUGGGUUUGGUUCUAGGAUUGGCACUUGCAUUCAUUCUUGGAACAGGAUUGCACUUUGGUGCUAAGCUAUUCACAAAAGAUGCUGAUGUCCUUCACCUCAUUCAAAUUGGGAUCCCGUUUGUUGCAGCCACUCAACCCCUGAAUUCUUUAGCAUUUGUAUUUGAUGGUAUCAACUUUGGGGCAUCUGAUUUUGCAUAUUCAGCCUUAUCCAUGGUUUUGGUGGCCAUUCUUAGCAUAAUUUGUCUUCUUAUUUUGUCAUCCGCUGGUGGUUUCAUCGGAAUUUGGGUUGCUUUGACUAUCUACAUGGGUCUUAGGGCAUUUGCUGGCUUCUCGAGGAUUGGAACGGGGUCAGGACCUUGGGAGUUCCUAAGGAGCUCAUGAUUGCAUUGGGAAGGCACCGUAAUUAUAGCUUCAUAUCUGGCCCUAGUGUCAGGGGUGUUUGCUAAAUACAUUAAAAGGAGGAAAGUUUAUCCUAGGUUUUUGAAAAUCUCCUGGAUAUUCUUUUUAAAGAAUAGGCACUUGUCCCUGCUUGAUUGUGCUCGGGGCAUUGGUUGAAAACCUCUGCUUCAUAAUAUGUAUAGAAGAAAAUCUCUUACAAUACUCUCAUAGUCUUCAUAAAUAGUGAAAUGAAAUAUAGAAUCAAGCUUCUGGUUGUAACCAUGCAAAAAAUAUAUUUUUAAUUGCAUGAAAAUGAAAGAUUGCAUGGAACAGGUCAUUUCGUUUAUUGGGGGUUUGUAUAAGGUGGUUAUGGUUCCUA